AUGGAUCCCAAUUAUGGAGAGUGGAAUGCCUCUGAGAUCGAAACGGUGAAAGCUCUCAUCGCUAGCCAUAGUGCCAAGAGUACCUUUGUAAAUGACAUAAACAAUAAGCAAAGUGACAUUGUGGAUGUGCUCCAAGAAAGGUUUCCUACAAAGGAGAAGCAUAAGGUAACCAACUUGUAUGGUGAUCUCAUGGUGGAGAAGAUGCAUGUGAUGUUGAGCGGCAACCAGAAUGGAACGACUGGUAGCAAGCUUGUUAAUGACAAGUUUGGGAUGCUAGUGGAGCAUCCAACCAUGGACAUCUUGGGUGGUGAUUUGGUGGAGGAGAGGAAGGCCAAGAGGAAGGUAGGGGAGGAUUUGCAUAGCCAACCAGAUCCUCAGAAGGAGAGGCAGCGCCGGAGGUUUUGGACCACGGAAGAACACAGGAAUUUCCUCUACGGUUUGCGUGUGUUUGGUCGAAGCGACUGGAAGAACAUAUCCAAGCACUUUGUUACCACCAGGACACCAGUGCAAAUCUCUAGCCAUGCCCAAAAAUAUUUCCACAGGAUGGAGAACACUACCAGGAAACAGCGCAGCAGCAUCAACGACGUUGGCCUCUGCGAUGAUGAGCCCAGGGUGCAAACUAAUGCUUCAAGCCUAGAGGGGUUCACCUUCACCAGUGGAACCUACAACUCAAACCACUAUGGCUCCAGCAGCCAAUUUGUUGCCAUGAGUAACAUAGCCAAGCAGAUGUGGUUUCCAUCCUUAUGUUGUAUUGGCCAGGCAAGCAGCAGUAGUAACCAAGCCACUACCUUAAAUAGAGGUGGGACUGGUGGUUCUUGUGUGGCUCCAAAGGUGAAGGGGGACGGGAGCAAGACAAAACUGACUAGUGAUCAAGAGGGAGAUUUUCUUGCUGAUAAAUGGAUGAUGAGGAAGUAA